UUCAUAGCUGGGUCAAGUAUCAACGACCAUUGUCCCUUUUGCGAAUCAGCACGAGUGGUUACUUUUGAGAAGUGAUUUUGUGAAGUCAUGAAAACUAGUGACACAUAAAUUGAUUGAUGAGGACCUGCAGGAGCAUGUUGUGAGCAUGUCCAAGCUUACAUCAAUAGUAGUGUUUUUGCUAAGAAUGCGGAGUAUGAGGCCCGCAACACUCUACAGGCUGCAGCCCAGAUGUGCCAACUCGGCAAGCUGGAGAAGGCUGGAAAGCUGUUCGAGCACGCACUGGCACUCAGCCCUCGCCAUCCAGAUGUGCUGACUGAGUAUGGUGAGUUCCUGGAGCUCUCAGACGUGACGCGCGCCAACCAUCUGUACACGCGUGCCCUCAUCUUCGCGCCGGGCCACCGGCGGGCGCCAAACCGACAGCGGACGCAGCCGCUGGUGGAGCAAAGCGACCUGGAGCUGCUGCGGCGCAUCGAUCGCAAGCUGCUGGAGCUGGCGAAGGUGCCGGACAGCAGCUCGGCACUGCGCCGCGUCAAAAAGGAAGCCUACUUUCAGCAAAUCCACCACACGGUGGGAAUCGAGGGCAAUACGAUGACGCUGGCCGAGACGCGCAUGGUCGUUGAGACGCGCAUGGCUGUGGGCGGCCGCAGCGUCAUGGAGCACAACGAAAUCUUGGGACUGGACGCUGCCAUCAAGUACAUCAACACGACUCUGGUGCACCGGAUCGGCGACAUCACGCUGGAUGACCUGCUGCAGAUCCACCGGCGCGUGAUGGGUCACGCCGACCCGUUGGCGGCCGGACAGUUGCGCACGACGCAGGUGUACGUCAGCGAACACGUGCCGCCGCCACCCACACGCAUCACGCCCCUGCUGGAGGGCUUCAUCCAGUGGCUGAACGCGCCGGAGACGGUGGCGCUGCACCCGGUUAAGUACGCGGCGCUGGCGCACUACAAGCUCGUCUUCAUUCACCCGUUCUCGGACGGCAACGGACGCACGUCGCGGCUGCUGAUGAACCUGAUCCUGAUGCAGGCCGGCUUCCCGCCGGUCAUCAUCCGCAAGCAAGACCGUCACAUCUACUACCGCUGCUUGCAGCUGGCCAACGAGGGCGACGUGCGGCCGUUUGUGCGCUUCAUCGCCGAGUGCGCCGAGAAGACGCUCGACGUCUACGUCUGGGCGACCAGCGAGUACGUGCACAAGAUCGCGGCGUCGGAGGCCGAACGCCAGGCGGCCGCACGCCGCGCCGACGCCGAAGACGCGUUCGUGCGCAACUUCAGCGGCGACGACCUGGUGGGGUUCGGCGCGCCGGUCGCCCACCGCGAGCCGGGCGACACGACGGGGUACUUCAGCGAAGAGGAGGCGGACAGGACUAUACAUACACCGGAAGAUGGGAGCGAGCAUGUCAUCAGCGUAGAGGAGGUGGACAGGUUGGUUCCGGUGCCGGGUGAGCGCAGUGCUAAGGACGUGGCAGAGGCGGGCAACCGGACGUCUCAGGCGCGACUCGGCCGGACUGCUGGCGUUAGCGUGGAAGGAGUGGAGCAAGCCAGACAUUAUCUGGAAGGCCAGGGUGAUGAUGCGGUUGGUGCAGGUGGCGAGCGUAGGCCAAAGCACGUAUUGGACGGGGAGUGCAAUCGGUUUAUUGGCGUAGAAGAGGUAGAGAGAUCGAACCAGGUGCGGAAAAACGAAAUCGAUCGUGACAUAGAUGUAGAAGACGUGGACAGAUGACGGUAGCCUUGGGGGGCAAGCCCACCUGAACCUUAGGAAUGCAUUGGGUGUUGCCGUUUUAGUGGCUGUGAGGAUAUAUAAGUGCACACUAUUUUGCAAGCUGUAUGUGCUCACUUUGCAGUAUUAUUUGAUAUUGAUGUUACGUUUUCUGCGGUGCCGUGAUUGUACCUGCUCCGCACGCUGAGAGACGUUCGGCUCACUUCCUGAGCAUUGGGUAUUGGCAUGCUGAGCUCUCUGAGAAAAUCUGCCGUAUUUCGGAGGUUGGUUCCUGAGAUAGACGCGACGACCGUCUUGAUCGUGGAGGACGUCGUUGGCGCUCUGACGGAAUAAUCUUUAUCUUGCGACAACUGUACAACUACCAAAUAUGGACUGUGGGUGUACUUUGGGGCCGUAUCAUGUCUUUAUCCCUAGAUAAAGGGGAUUGAGUGGUGUAAACCACGAACAUGCUGCAGUUUCGGUAUGUAGGACGCGAUGAUUUCGUUUUUGUGAGUUGAACUGUGCCAGUGCUGCUUGUCUCUACAUAUCCGCAGUUCCAAAAGGGUUUAGGUAGCACUUGCUCUGACGCAUAAAAAACGACAUGCGAUUCGACUACGGCUCAAAUGGUGGACGAGUGUGUUUAAUAAACCAACUGAUACACUU